AUGCUUGACUGUACAAUCUCCGCUCCCCAUCACUCAUUCCUCUUGCAGAGCGCAGUCAAUGUCAGCUUAAGGAAAACCCUUCCAAAGCGCAGCCAAGCACCCAGAUUCCAACUAAGUUCUUCCCAAUGUACAGCCUUCCCUCCGUGUCAACGCUCUUUCACACCCCCACGAUCAGAUCAAGGUUCACUUGUACCCGCCUUGCCCCGUCCCCACACCCUGCACAUACCAGGUUUGCUUUUGACCACAACCUUAACCAGCCGGUUAAGCAGAGCUUACCCCCCGGCUCAAAGGUGCGCUAGCGAGGGCCGAGCGCCGAUGCAGACCGCCCCAGCUUUUGAGGACGACGAGAACGAGGAUGAGGAGAUGCAGGUGAUCGCUGUUGCGAGCACGGAGUAUAACGAGAUCGUGGUGUUGCGGAUCCCCGAGAAGACGGACCAUCCGUACGCUGGAGCCAAAGUUCUUCUAUUAGAUCUGACAGGUAACAUCCACAGCAUGUUGUGGGAGGGCCAUGCCUGGACAUACUCCUAUUGGGACGAGUUUGUUGCGCUCCCGCCAGUCAUUCCCGAAGGACCCGUGGGCUUCCUCGGUUUGGCGGGCGGAACAGGCCCCGCGCUCUACCGGCGACAAUGGCCGGCGCUUCAAGUGGAGGGGUGGGAGAUUGACGGGGAGGUGGUCCGACUUGCACGCGAGCAUCUUGGCCUCGCUGAUCUCGAGAGGCCCACCGAAGAGGGGGGGCGGCUAGUGGUCAACGUAGGUGACGCGCUUGCGCCUGAAGCGAGCGUCGAAGGGGGUUUUGCAGGCCUCGUUGUGGAUCUCUUCAGCCAUGGCACGGCCCUUCCGGAGCUUUGGGAGGCUGACACGUGGCGGGAUCUGAAGGCAAAGCUGCGCCCCGGGGGCCGCAUCCUCGUGAACGUCGGGUCCGCGUCGACGGGACUGCAAGGAAACGCCAGUGAUGACGUCACUGAAUUUUCGCGUGGUGCUGGUCAACCGGGCCGACUAGUGCUCGAGGCGAUGCAGGAGGUGUGGCCCGGAGAGUUGCUGGUACGACGGUUAGACACCCUCUCAGACAACGUGGUCGCUCUGACGGGGCCUCUUCCAGACCUGGACCGGUGGGCGGCGGCGGUUCCGCCCAAUCUAGCGAAGGGAGUGAAGGAGUUCAAGUUGCUGGAAGCUCUUGGCUCGUAGAGGGGGAACGGAAACAUCGAAAGGCUCGGGCUCGAACUGAACUGCUCAAGAAUCAGGGAAGAAGAAGCAAUCAGACUGAUUGGACGUACGCAAAUGAACAGCCACGAAUAUAAUAGCCAAGGACCUGCUUAAUUAGCGUGCGAAAGAGUGCAUGAG